AGGAGCAACAAGAGAUAUAGGAACCGCUCUCACGAGGAUAUGCCUAAGACACAAAGCGGUCGAAAACAGAAUGAAGAAUUUCACAAGCGUUAUUAUGGAAUGCCUGAUAUUGCCACUACAAGACAAACUAGAAGAAUGGAAGAAGGCUGUUAUAAACCUAGACAAAGAACAUGCAAAAGAUUACAAACGGGCCCGCACGGAACUGAAAAAGCGAUCUACGGACACUCUGAGGCUACAGAAGAAAAUGCGUAAAGGAGCGGGCGGUAGCGACGUACAGAAAAGGUUCGAAUGUGGGCUUCAAGACGUCACGGAAAGGAGACAGUUAUUGGAAGAGACUGAAAAGCAUGCUGUCAGGGCGGCACUGCUAGAGGAGAGGGGGCGGUUUUGCACUUUUGUUAGUUUGCUCAAACCAGUUGUGGAUGAAGAGGUAGCGAUGCUCACCGAAAUGGGACACCUACAAGAAGCUGUCCAGCAGCUGGAAAAGCACGCAGCUGACCCUCACACUCUUCCGCCAGCUUCAGAACAAGUUAUCGCCGACCUCAAAAGCGGAGAGGGUGGAUGGUGUUUCCAAGUGACGCCACCAUCUUCACCAUCUAGUUUAGGAUCAAGAAAAUCAUCGAUGUGUUCCAUAAGUUCGAUAAAUAGCUCGUCUUCAAGUAGUUCCAAAAGCCAUCAUUCACCCAGCCAUCCUUGGCAAAGGUCACUUUCACAGCCUGUAGGUCGUAGUGGUACAAUGCGUGCUAGGUCAGUGUCCAGUCAAGAUUCUGGAUUUAUUUCACAAGAUACUCUUUAUCCUAGACCUCCGUCAUCGUUCAGUGUUACACAGGUAUCGAAUAUGUCCGAGCACAGCCAGAACAGCAGCAGUUCCAGCACGCCGUGCACCCCGUACCCGGCGGCCCCCACCACCACGGCCACGUGGCCUAACCUCCAAGAGACUAUGCAGUUUGAAAGGGCGGCUACAGCGAUCAUCAGCGACCGCCCGCACACCAUAUCUUCAGCGUACGAAAAAGGUCAUCAAAGGCCACCGCUGACAGUGUAUACUUUUCAAGCGCCUGACCAGAGCCUGUCGCAGCCGGCCAGUCCUGUCACUUCGAUCACGCCCACGGACACGACUCCGGUACCGCCCAAGAGCCCCGCCUCUUCCAUCAAGUCCGUCUCGAAGCCGCCGCUACCCAUGCGUUGUUCCUCCCUGGAACGCCCCUCUUCGAAUACGAUAACCACCUCGUCACCGAGCAUGGGGCCGGCCGUACCCGCGAAGAUCGCCGGCGUGCAAGGCGUACGCGUGCUGCCGUCCGCCGCCGAGCUGCCGAAUAGGAAGCCGUCUCCGUUGACGCAGCAGCACGUAUCCAGGAUCGCAGCGGCGCAACCGACGUACGUCAACAUGCACGAGUUGGCUAGCAUGGGGAAGGAUAAGAGUCUGCCCCCACCUCCCGCGUCGCAGGAAUUUGGUGGAACCGCAGAAAAGACAACCGAGGGUGAGAAGGAGAGCAGCACUAGUGAGAGUUCAUUGGAAUCAUCGAGUGGUUACGGCAGCCAAACAACGUUUACGCCUGAAGACGUCCAACACAUUGAUGAUGUAAACGGUACAGCAAGCAAGUAUUGCACACUGCCUCGCAACAAUGACAUUGCUAGCAACAUGAGAAGAAGACCGCUCUCCAUGACAGCAAUGGGCAUGGGUACAAUGCGGAACAACCUCCUGCGACGUGGUUCUAUGCAAACCCAGAAACCACCACCGCCCAUCCGUAGGACAUCUUCCAUCACAAACACUUCAGCGUCUUCCAUGGGUAGUUUGGAGAAUCUCCCGCCGCCUCCAGCGUUUUUACUUGAGCCUAAUAACACGCAGCAGUCUGGCAAACCGAGUACUGCAAUAGGUGUAAAUGUAGCCGAAACGGUAAAGGCCCUUACGGAAUUGAAGCAUACGCCAGCAAGUCCAAACUCUGUGAGGCGUAUGUCAGCGUCCACGCAGAAUAUUUAUCAGAAUAUGCAAACCGGCCAAGCUACCUGCGGAUCACCACAAAGUCCUAUUCUCAGCACUUUCCAGAGUCAAACAAAGGUUUCGUACGUAUCCCAAUCUGGAGGGGUAGUUUAUGCUCAGCCUUCCCAGUUUGUAGGUGGAAGCCCCAAUGCAGUUAGAAGAAUAAACAAUUUUAGGUCUCAAAGCGCCGAUAGAAAAUCCGAAGGUCCGGUAAGCGUGGUCGGAUCUACCUUCAUAGCCUCUCUAAGCGCCAAGUUAGCGCCUCAACUGAGCCCCAGAUCCUCGCGCCGCCACUCAGAAGACCACUCGUCCGCGAUGCCUAUGCCUAAGAUGCCGCAGCGCGCCACGGGUCCGGGACAAAGUUUCCUGGACUCGCUCAAUGCCAAAUUGGCGCAACAACAUAAGAAAUCACCACAUUCCAAUAAUACCAACAACAAGGGCAGCAGGAUCAGGCAACUUAUGAACGAUACCGCAAAGCUGGACGUAAAAGAAUGCCACGACUCUCUGAUGGAUCAAAUAAGACGUGGAACUACGCUGAAGAGGACGGAUAUAUCGAACGACAGUCCUGGAAUACCAUUACCUCUAAAGGGAAUAUCAAACGAUUCUGGUGGUGAGAAAUAACAAGUGAAAAGUGAAUAUUGGUUGCACUACAAUAAAUUUAUCUGAAUUUUCAGUUGUUUUCAUAUCAUUUUGAACAAAUAAAACGCGAAUCAAACAAAAUGCUAAUAAUCCUUAUUUUCUAUUCCAUUAAGAAAUGUUUGUUCUGUCAAUAAAUGGGCGCAUUUAAAAACGACAGCACUCUAGCGCACAUCAAAUAGCGUUUCAAGUGAUGUGGUUCCCUGAACGCACCCAAAAUAAUAUUUCAAGUAUUUUGCUUUAUAAUAACUGACAGAAAGUUGCGGAAAAAUCUGCAAUGUAUUCGAAAAACUCUUAAAGCAAUGUUAAUCCGUCUAGUAGCAACUAUCGGUACUUCCAGAUUUCAAUUUUUUUUCUACAAACACGUUGGAUGAUCAAUUAUUAUUAUUACCUUUGUAUUUUUACUGUAUUUAUUGACGUCCAUAUUUAUUAUACGAAUCUGACUGAAUUAUUUUUAUAUAUAGAUAGUAUUAUCAAGUAGGACUGAUGUUCAAAUAUGUGUAAAUUACUAAUGUGAUUUCGUUCCAUAAUAUAUUCCUUACUGUACAUAGAAACUAUCUAAGGGGUCUUUAAACUAUCGUGACUUUGUUUUGGUAUCAACACGCAUCAGAUUUCUAAUGGCAACACCAAAGCUUAUUGAACUGAUAAUACUGGUCUUCCUUUAUUUAGCAUUAAUAUUUUUGGCGCUGGAUAUUGUCAAACUUUGGAGCUAAAUGAUUUUUUAGGACACUGUCAAUGGUAGUUUUCUUGAAAAUCGUUGGAAAGUACACAAAAGUUGAAAAAUAUUCAUGGCUAACCUUAGAGAAGCUUGUGUUUUUGGCAUGUAUCAAGUUUUAGUUUGAACUUUAUGCGAGGACUUGGGGCAAUAAGGUACCUUAGUCACAUUGACUUCUUUAUGUAACAUUUUUAGGAACAGCAUUUGAUGACAAAUGAGUCGUAAAAAUAUAAUUUCGUUUUUGAAAAUAAUGUAUUGGUAUUGAAAAAAAUUGUGCUCCAAGGGUAGCUUGAAAAUAGUUUCUUUUAUAAAUAAACAUAUAACUUGGGUGUUCGUUGUUCAAGCUUGCAUAUGCAGGCUUCACUAAAUUUUGCGGAUUCCUUAUCUACGUUAUAGUAUUUUUUUCGUAACAGAUGUAGAUUCAAAUGCGUAAAAGUUCUGUAUUUCCAAUAGGACAGUGAGAUGCAUUUCUUGAAGAUGGUUACAUGAAUUUAUUUGGUCCAGUUUUUUGUGGUCUACUGUUGUUGUUCUCGAUAAGUAUAAUGAUAUCCUAUGAUAAAUAGAUUGGUUUGAAAUCAUUAUCUACCGGUAUUGUGAAACUACACUACCCAAAAAAAAAUAAAGGAGAAAGAGAAAAUCCAAAUUUUUUGGUGAUUUUGAGAGGCUGGAUUUCGGUGAAAAAUGGUUGUAUCUAGACUUAAAAAAAAGUAUAUUGAAGCUUCAAGAUUCUAGUUUUCAGGCUUCUUAGCCGAAAAAUAUUAGGAGUAACGGUUGUCCUGCAAUUCUAUUCCAUCAUGUGUAUCUGAUACCCAGUUUAUUCAGCUUCAAAAUUUCGUCAUACGAUUAUUUAUCGCGGCUUUGAAAAAGGAUCAUUUUGUCAUCGACUACUGAUAUCUCGGAAACCUGUGAUCGCACAGAAAAUGUAAUGAUAUUUCCAAAAAAAAUUACAAUUGUGACAACAAAAGAAGAAAAAUGUUUUUGGCUCCUUUGAUUUCUUUCAAGUUUUGACCUAAUCGGUCUGAAGAAACUGUACAAUUGAUCUAUCUGCCAUCGUGCAGGGUUAUUAGGGGUACAUUGAGGUAUAAAAAACCUAAAAACGUCAGCCUUCUCAUUAGAAGUUCCAAAAAUGCGGUAGAUUUUCCAAAACAAUGCAAAAAGUAAGUGUUUUGACUUUUUUAAAAUCAGUACUAAGUAAACGAAAAAAAAAAUCCUCAAAGAUAGCAAUCAAAUUUUAAUGGGGGUUUAAUUCCAAUUUUCGGAAAUACCCUUACGUUCUUUGUGCGAUUACUGGUUACCUAGAUAUCAGUGGUCGAGGGAUGCUUUUUCAUUGAAAAUCGGAUAUCUUCGCGCCAAAUGAUCGUAUCGAGAUUUUAAAAACAGAAUAUUGAAGCUGAAUAAACGUGUUAUCCGAUCCAUAUGAUGGCCUAACAGACAAUUUUUUUUCAAGGUCGUGGACUAAAAAGGAGAAGUAAAAAAUUUCUUGCGCUAUCUGUUAAAACUGCAUGAGAUCCGUUGCCCCUAAAAUCUUUCAGCUAAAAAACCUGAAAAUUAGAAUUUCAGAGCUUUAAAAUGCUUUUGUUAAAGUCUCGAUACGACCAUUUUCCACCGAAAUACAGCCUGCCAAAGAUCACCGAAAAAAUAAGGAUAUUUUUCUUGCUCCCUUAAAUUUUUUCAGUAGUGUAAUACAAAACAUAGUUUUCCUACGUAGCAAAGCCACAUAACGGCAGUAAGGUCAUUAUUUAUUUGCCCUCAGAGUCACUAUCAUGGAUUUGCUAUCAGUCCGAUGAUACUUUUUGUCCUUCCUUUCUAACAGCUAAUUGUAAAAAAAAUCAACAUCAGCCAUAGACGCAACGGAUGCUUUUCGAUGGAUUUGUGGUUUUUUAUUCAAAUGUGACUUAGAUAUGUACCUUAUUGCCCCAAACCAUUCAAAUUAAAAUUUAUUUUCUUCAUAACCUGAUUUCAGUUUUGUGACCGAAUUUUUAAACUUGGUGCCCACGAACCUUUUUAACUAGUUAAUCUAAAUCUCAUUGCAAAGCAUAGACGAUCGUGAAAAUUUCGACUCUUAUGCAGAAAUAAAUCAUAGUUCUGCUAUGUUCACGAAAAAUAGUAUGUUGAUAUUUUAUAUCAGUAUUUUUCGGCGUGCUGUAGAUUGAUACAUCAUUAUAAAGCUUGUGCGUUGGACUUUUUUCUUUAUAAUGCUCAGUCUAGUCUAUGUGGCUGUUUUGAGGGAGUGAUGACCUUGUCGUCAAAACUGAAUCGCCUUGUGAAAUGUUCUUUCAACUUAGGUAACAGGUGAUACUCACUGGAUGCCAAGUGCGUCGUGGAUUGUCUUGCAAAAAGCUUACAACUUCUGCUCUCCAUUCCUCUUCUGAGUUUCAGAAUUGCGCGUAAAUGUUGUAUUCUAUGUUUUACGGUAUCUACCUUCAAGUUGAAAAAGCACAUGAUCGAAAAUACCAGAGCGGAGGGGUAAAAUAAAAUGCCGAAAUGCUGCUAUUUGAAAAUUUGAAGAACGCAUAUCAGAAAUAUACUAUUUAAAAAUUUGAGAAAAUUUUUGGCAGUUGCCGCAUUAAAAUCGGUAGACCUGGUAACACUAUUGCAAAGUGAAAGAUGGGGUUCACUGCUUUCUCAAUAAUCUGACGGGGAGCUGGUGUGACCUGACAAAAAAUGCCACAAUAUAUACAAAAAUCCGUUGACUGCAAUGGCGAUUGUGUAGAUAAAUAGACAUUUGUUCAAGGUAUUGAUUUAUGUUUUGAUACUUCUAAAAAAAAAUAGUAGAUCGUGCUCUUGGGUUACCCUUUUAUAUUCGUUUGGAUUACAUAUAGCUGAAGUUUGCCUUUUUCAAAAUACUAAAUUUUACACUUAAAAUUUAUAUAAAGAUUUUUCACGUUGAGCGACUUAUUUUGGUACUCCUGGUUUUUCAAUCAAAGUCCAUUUAUAUAACGCAUGAAGACCCGUAGUUUAGUCUAGCUGCUGUAAAUAGCAUAUAAGCAUUUAAAUGGGUUAAUAUAUUUAAUGAGUAGUGUGUAGGAACAUAGAGCACAAUUAUUUUUUGUGUAUUCCAUGAGUACAACUGUUGUUGUCACUUGUUAUCUAUCAUUUAUUUUUGUUUAAUGUUCUAUAAAAUAAACGUAUAUAUGCAUGUGAAGCUGUAGUUGUUACGGACAUUAUCGUCAGAUGGGUAAAACAUGCUGUAUAUAACUCGGUAACAUUUCUUGCAACAUUCAUGUUAAAAGUGAUAUGUCAUUUACUUACGAUUUAGAAUGAUAAAUGUACGGUUCCAGCAUUUUGCUUGAUUUGUGUUGUGUCUAAUAAAGGUAUUAAUAAAAGUC